AUGUUGUCAACAGGAAGACUACUGAACAGGCUACAACUACUUGUCAUACGCGUUGUCUCCUUCAUCAAAAAGUUGUACCAUAGUAGUAUAGUCAGAAGACUAGCGACAUUACUUGCAUUUAUUGGUUUUAUUGCAUUGAUAAUCUACACGAUUAACGACUUUUAUUUCAAUCCAUUUAAAACUUUUCGCAUACAUCCCCAAGCAACGUACACUGUCGUGCACUCACAUCAGAAUUCCCUUGAUCCCUCGUCAAAUGCGGAUCAAGGCCCCUCUUUUCCUUUAUCUAAACAGUUCCUAGGAGACAAUGAGUUUAAACCUAUUCCACUCAAAACAUUCACCGAUCCGCAUCCUUUAAUCAAUGGAAAGCCAAAGGAUCACGUAUUUAGAGAGAGUGAUAUGUGUUCUGAGUUGGAAUUUGAAGAUACAUUUGAUGUGACGAAACAAUCGUAUCUCGAUUCAGAUUUUGAAUACUUUAUGUUCAAGUUCAAUCAGGUCAAAGCAUACACGGGGUUGUUGCAGAAGGUAAAAGCCAGGUUUAAGUCUGUGGUACCAGAACAUAAGCAAUGGUUCAGGUUUGCCGGUUCCAGUGUUUGGUUAUCGCAGUUCAAUGUUCACUAUAUGGUCAGCCGAGUAUUGUAUUCCCCGCUGGGUAUAGCCAAUAAAGCAUAUGUUUCGUUUUUGUAUGUGCAAUUAUUUGAUCAGGAUUGGAAGGAACUACCAAAAGGAUCCAAGUUGACAAUCCCAUUUGAAGACCCAGUGAGUUGCAACUGGAUGAAUUUGGAUGGGUCUGUGACUCCCGUUCAAGGUGGUAGCCAGCUACGCUACAAGGAGGUAGAAUAUCCACAGAUUUUGCCCAUUCCCAUCGAUUAUGCAAUCAAGACUGAAAAUGAGAAAUACUAUUACGGUCCAGAGGAUCCGCGGAUCAUUUUAAGAAAGAACCCAUUGGGGUUUGAAGAGCCAUUGAUUGUGUUUAAUUUGAAAGAUUUGCAAAUAGCCAAGCGUGUCAUGUUUAUGUAUCUCCCCUUUUCAGACAAGUUGAAUCGAUUGAAAAAGAGAACUGACAAGUAUGCAAAAAUUGAAAAGAAUUGGACUCCAUUCAUCAGUCCCAAUGAGGAAUCACACAAUAAGCUCAAGUUUAUUUACUCCCUUGUUCCUUUGGAAGUAUUGGUGUGCGACAUUGACACGGCGGUUUGUGAUUUUCUUCAAAACCCACAAAAAAAGAAGAAAGAUUAUGUGGGGGCUUUACGUGGAGGCACACAGUUGGUUCCCUUGCCACUACACAAGUUCUCACCAAAGGUGCGCGAUCUGCUCCGUAUCCCUGCCAAUAGAAAUGUGUUUCUAGGAUGGGCCCGGGCGCAUUUAAACAAAUGCGGGUGCGGUGAGUCAAUGUACAGACCAAACAUGAUGAUAUUGAUUGAAGAUCACAAUGAAGAAACAAACGAGUAUUUUUACAAACUAGGUGAUGUUUCUGGAUACUUGGAUUUUGGAGCUUAUGUACCACCGUGGGUGAAUCCUAAAAUUGAUUCCAAGCUGGGCCAGUUGAUGGAAAGCAACCCAGAGCCAUGCGAGGGAAGAAAUGUUCUCAUCCCCAAUUCAAUUGCAUACUGGGAUAUUGAAAGUGUGACACGACAGGGAAAGACUUUUGCAAAUGUUGACCAAUUGACGUCGCUAGAUUCAGUCGCAAUAAAUGAUUAUAUGGGAGUUACAUUAUCUGCAGCAGACCAAGAUGUGUCUAUUGUCCAUUUACGCGGGUUAUUGAACUACGUCAUCAAGUUGCCCAGCUUGUUUGAUGAAACUACGGUGAUGCACAAUCGUGACGACGCCAACAUCCGUGGAUCCGAUUGGAAUUAUAAAUGUGCAAUGAAAGCAAGUAAGGAUUAUUGCAAAAAAGCUGCACUAAAGAAUAACAUUCUAGAAGAUGAGGAAGAAGAUACGUACUCUGGUGGAUAG